AUGUUAAACUUUAGUGAAACUGGCUGCUUUGGUUUUGGUAUCCAGGAGCACAUCGAUCUUGGAAUUAAGUAUGAUCCUUCAACCAGUAUCUACGGUAUGGAUUUCUAUGUUGUGCUAGAGCGUCCAGGAUACCGUGUUGCUCGUCGUCGUAGAUGCAAGUCUCGAGUUGGAAUUCAACACAGGGUCACAAAAGAGGACUCAAUGAAGUGGUUCCAGGUCAAAUAUGAAGGUGUUAUCCCUAACAAAUCUUCAAACAUUCAGUAAGUUGGAAUUCCCAGUGUUUGAUUAGUUUGUUUCCCUAGCAAGGGUUAUGUUUUUUAUCCAUUUUGUAGACCAACAAUUACUAUUACUCUUUGAGGAGUUGCAAAGUUUUGGUGAGUUAAUGUUAUUUGGCAUAUCUGAAUAUGUUAGUUUGUUUUCAUUUUUGGCUAUGUUUUCCGAAUGUUUUGCCAUGCUUUCUAUAAUAUUUUGUUAUGACUUUUUUACUUA